UCCGCCUCAUUCGCUAAGCUGGUCCACGAAUUGUCAACGCGUUCGGGCGGCUGCUGAGCCGGGGCGCCCGCCGGGCUUGUCGUGCUCCCUCGGAGGUGCCUUCCCGAACCAGUGUGCCGGGUCCGCUAGGGCCAGAACGGUCGCCGGUUCGGGGCAACUUGGGAUUCAGGACCCUCUGCAGGGGCGUCGGUUUGUGAUCGGGACUCGGCGAGGAGGAUGGGCAAAUUGAUGUGCAGGGAAGUCAAGUCUCUUAUCCAAAACCGAGCCCUGGUAACUGGUGGCAAGAGCCAGUAUUCAAAACCGUGUGCCUGAUUCCUAAGCUCAUGGAAAUCUUGCAUGAACGUGGAAGCCAUUAGCAGAGUAAUUGCUGUCUGUUACCAUGACAACCAGCCGCUGCAGUCACCUGCCGGAAGUGCUGCCAGACUGCACCAGCUCGGCUGCGCCCGUGGUGAAGACCGUGGACGACUGUGGCAGCCUCGUGAAUGGGCAGCCGCAGUAUGUCAUGCAAGUUUCGGCCAAGGACGGGCAGCUGCUGUCAACAGUAGUGCGGACUCUUGCCACCCAGAGCCCCUUCAAUGACCGGCCGAUGUGCAGAAUCUGCCACGAGGGCAGCAGCCAAGAGGACUUGCUCUCUCCCUGCGAAUGCACAGGGACCUUGGGGACAAUUCAUCGGAGCUGCCUGGAGCACUGGCUGUCAUCCUCAAACACCAGCUACUGUGAACUCUGCCACUUCAAGUUUGCAGUCGAGCGCAAACCCAGGCCGUUAGUGGAGUGGCUCAGAAACCCAGGCCCCCAGCAUGAGAAGCGGACUCUGUUUGGAGACAUGGUGUGCUUCUUGUUCAUAACUCCACUGGCCACCAUCUCGGGCUGGCUCUGCCUGCGGGGCGCUGUGGACCACCUGCACUUUAGCAGUCGGCUGGAGGCCGUCGGACUGAUUGCACUCACUGUCGCACUCUUCACUAUUUACCUCUUUUGGACACUAGUGUCAUUUCGAUACCACUGUCGAUUGUACAACGAAUGGCGUCGGACCAAUCAGAGAGUGAUUCUCCUCAUUCCAAAGUCUGUCAGCGUACCUUCUAACCAGCAGUCCCUGCUGGGCCCCCAUUCUGUCAAGAGGAACUCAAAGGAGACCAUUGUUUGAGGCUUGUGUGGUUGGUCGGUUGGCUCGUUGUUUGGGGUUUUGGAAGUCUCCGCACGGGGGCCAUGUACUGAGCCACUCCCGAACCCCUCCUUAAGCCGUGGGUCUCAGAACACCCUGAGCCUUGUGAGCACAUCGCCCCAGCAACGGACUCAGCCGAAAGAGAGCAGAUGCUGUUUGACUUCAAAUCAUGGAUGCUGCAAUCACGUGAUACUUGCUCAGCUGCCAAACAUGCUUAUUUAGCAGAUACUAUGUGGGAUUUUCUGAACACCUCUUUAACAUAUGAGGAAGGUUGUCCUGCUAAAGAUGCAAUUCAAUGCUUCCUUUUUUAUUACUAUUUCAAAUAUAUAUAUAUAUAUAAGUAUAUAUAUUAAAGUCAGAUGAUAAUUACAGUCGAAAAAGCCAACGUUACAACUGGUUUCUUGGUUUGGAUGAGUUUGGUUUGGGUUAGUUUAUGCGUUUCCCAGUUUCUACUGUAGAUUCUUUGGGGGUAAUUUGAUAACUUGAGUGGUCUUUUUCAUUGCCUUCUCUCUCACUCAAGGGGACAGCGUAAUGGCUACAGAACAAGGCAUAUUUGGAGGAUGUUUUGUACUAAACUUCAUUUAUUCCGUUUUUAAAGGGGAAAAAAGGUGUGGCAACUCUCCCUACAGUGAACUGUUUAUUUAAAUUUCAUUAAGGAGGGAAAGAAAAUUACGGCGAGAAGCAGGCUCCUUUCGAAUUGUUUGAUACUGCCAGCUGAUAAAAGCUAUUUUCUAAUAAUAAAUAUCCAGUGUGUGAAAGACAAACCCCGCUGAUUGCAACAUUCUUCUUUUUAAUUAUAAAACCUGUGAAGUUUCCCCAAAGUAGGUUUUAAAAAGAAAAGAAAAGAAAAAAAAAGACAAGCAAAAAGGUUGGUGUUCUUACUCCCAUCUCGUUUAGUGCAUGUCUUAAUUCUGCCUUCACAAGGAACUGGUGGAUCAUUAGACAUUUCUAGGAACCCUGGACCUGUUUUGCAUAUCAAUUAGCAUUCCCAUUGCUCUAUUGAAUUUCUAGCUUGACAGGUAGAUGUGGCAAAAAACCUGUCCUAGCAGCCUAUGGCCCCUUUGUCUGAUUUUUUAAAAAACGCAUCCCACACAGUGCCUUCCCCCAACCAUGAGCCAAUUCAGUCACAGGCUGAAACAGACCUUUGCUAAGGACUUCCUGUCCCUGUUUUAUCCACCACUGUGUAAAGGCUCUAAACUGCACCCUGCAUUUGUAGCCACUGAAACCAUGGGGCACAUGUGUCGUCUGAGGAAAGCCCUUGCUGGCGCUGGCUCCCCCAUCCGCCUGCCUGCCGCCUACCCACACGCCCAGGAGGAGAAGGCGGAGCCCAGCGUUGGGGAAUGCUUAAAAUAUGGAUUUCUAGAACAUGACCCACAUUCUGAAUAUCGCUCCAGCUUCUGCCUUAUGCUCCCCAAGUGGGAGAGCGGAAAAGUGCAAAGGAACAGGCGGCCAGGAGGGGAAUGAUUUUUGUGUGCAGAUCGAUCAAGCGGAUGCAGGUGUCACCUUUGUCUGCUGAGCACCCCCCCCCCCACUCCCGUUCACAGACUGCUCCCCGAGCUGCCUGGGGAGGGAAACAGCUGUACCGCUCUCCGCUGCAAAACUCAGAUGUGCUUUAUGGCUGAUGACAAUAGAUUUCCUCCCCACCACGCUCCCCUUCGACACUCCGUUCCAGUAAUCUACGCCUCAGCCCUUCUGUUUGUUCGGCCCUGCUCACCCCUCCAGGCUGUCAUUAGCUGCACCGCCAUCAACCGUUUCUUAAUUGACCUUUUUAAAAUGCUGGACACCACUGGCUGCAUGCAGCUGUCACACAUUAAAUUUCCAGAGCCAAGAGUCCAACUUGGUAGCUUGUGAACUACAGCCCUGUAAUAGA